CGGACGCUGGUGGGCCCAGGCUGGGGAAUAAGCGAAUCCCCCCUUGUUCAAUGUCCUCGGCUGGGUUGAAAAUGCUUCCUGCUCGUUUCGACCAAUUUUCCCACUCAUUCGACCAUGCCGCUCUUAGAUCGUUUGCGCAAAUGCCAUGCCGAACUGCAAAAGGCAGUGAAACAACCGAUGCAAGGCCCCGAAGAGGAUGAACUUCUUACCGAAAUUGCCAACAUAUCGAAUAUGGCCACGCUGUUGAAGGAGAGAGUUGCAGCAAAACAGGCGGGGCGGGCGAGGCAGGCGUUUGAUCUGUUAAAGCCAUGGAUGGAUGAUCUUAACGAUGUGGCAUCAAUUCGAUCAAAUCUCACUCAUAUAUUCCACAAUCAACACAAAGCUCCGACUGUCCAAAUUGUCGAAGAUUUAACCUCCGAGGACCCUAACCUUUUAAUGGAUUUUGCAUGUACGGUGCGAACAGGGAAAUGGACUGAUAAACACAUGACUUUUGAGCUAUACAAAUGUGUGAAAGCUUGGCUCAAAGAUUCGCUGCGUCCGCCCUGGGAUGAAAAGGUCUCAAAGGCCUUGAACGAGGCCUUGAACGAGCUAAUGGAAACCACUUUGAAGGACUCUGAAACUUUCAAAGCCUUUUUUGCACGUGCAGCUAGCUUCCCGAAGAAAGGCAGACCAGCCACCAGAUGCAAGGCUGGCAGGCUCGCCAGGCGCAAAGCUACCAGCAACGUCUGUACAGCCAGGCAGACCGGUACCUGCACUUCAACCACUAGAUACAGGGCUACCGGCAACAUCGCCACAAUAUUCAAGGUCGCCUUUGCAGCCUGGACCAGUACCUACAUCUCAACCACCAGUAACUUCGCUUUCACCACGAGGCGUAAGGCUACACCCAGGUGGAUGGCAAACACCAACAGCGAUGGCGCCUUCACAAACAGAUGUAUGGCUCCAGGCAACAUUGCCUUCGCAACCAGGCGGACCCAUACCCGCACUUCAACCAGAUGCGAGGCAACCAGCAAUGCCACCUUCGCAACAAGACGGACCUUUGUUAAAUAUCACCCAAGAAAAUAUUCGACUACAUAUUGAACUACCCGUACUGUGUCAAUUCACGCCUCUUGCCGCCUUCCUGAAUAAGCUGCCUUGGAUCCCUCUAAGGGCAGAAAUGCUAUUCAGUUACAUACAACAUAUCCCAUCCUUUGUUGAGUUAU